UUGGAGCAUUAUUUCGAAAAGCCAAUUCCUGAAAUUCGUCAAAGCUUGUAUCAGUCGCUUGGUUUUAACCAGAUGGAAAACUUCCCUUCGGAUGUUAUGUUGCCUCUACUCAACAUCGUCAUUAACGUUAAUUGCCGUAUACUCACCAGGAUAAACCAAGAAAGCAGGAUCCUGGACUUAAUCAACGUUACCGCAGACCAAGUCCUUUUCCAUAUAAUUCAAUGCGUGAAGACGAUGGUAAAGUCAAUUCCCUUUCAAAAUCAGAAGAAGGAGAUCAAAGAUCUUGAAUUGUGUACAAGGUAUCUACAACCCUGUUUCCAAAAACUCUUUGAUUCAGAUGACCUGUCCAUCAUGUUUAAGUAGUUCAGUGUCAGCUAUUUCACAGACACUGACAUGGAUGCCACUCAAAACUGAC